GCCGGAAGAAGGUGGUCGGGUUAAGAUCACAAAGGAGUAUUAGAAGGAUUUGCAGUUUGGAAAGUCAAACCACUAUCACAUCAAAAUCAACCAGAGUCACUUGAUUCAUCAGGACCUGGAUGUUAUCAUCCUUUGAACAUGGAAGCAAAAAGCACUGUUCACACCAGGGAGAAACCCUGGAAAUGUGGGGACUGUGGGAAGGGAUUCAGAUCCCCGUCUGAUCUGGAAACUCAUCGGCGCAAUCACACCGGGGAGAGGCCAUUUAUCUGCUCCGUGUGUGGGAAGGGAUUCAUUCAAUUAGUCUGCCUUCAGAGACACCAACGACUUCACACUGGGGAGAGGCCAUUCACCUGCUCCGUGUGUGGAAAAGGAUUCACUCUCUCAUCCCACCUGUUGAAACACCAGCAAGUCCACGCUGAAAAGAGAGAGUUUAAAUGCCCUGAUUGUGAAAAGAGCUUUAAAAACCCACACGGACUGAGGGAGCACCAGCGCAUUCACACCGGGUACGCACCAUUCAGCUGCUCACAGUGUGGGAAGAGGUUCAGGACAUCGCCUCACCUUCUGACACAUCAACGGGUUCACACUGACGAGAGACCUUUUAAAUGUCCAGACUGUGGAAAGUGCUUCAAAGGUUCUGGGGAUCUGCAAUAUCAUCAACGUAUUCACACUGAUGAGAGACCGUUCAGGUGCUCUCACUGUGCAACUGGGUUCAGACGAUCAUCUGAACUUACUGUACAUGAACGAGUUCAUACUGGGGAAAGGCCGUUCAUCUGCUCCAAAUGUGGGAAGGGAUUCACCCAGUCAUCCAACCUGCUGACACACCAGCUAGUUCACACUGGGGAGAGGCCCUUCACCUGCUCUGAAUGUGGAAAGGGAUUCACACGACCAUCCCACUUGCUCACACACCAGCGGGUUCACACUGGGGAGAGGCCAUUCACCUGUUCCGUGUGUGGAAAGGGAUUUAAUCGAUCAUCCAACCUGCUGAGACACCAGCGAGUUCACACUGGGGAGAGACCCUUCACCUGUCCCGUGUGUGGGAAGGGAUUUAUUCAUUCAUCC